GGAAAGGAGGGGCACCGGGGUGACGGUGCGGGAGCCGCUGCCAGCGCCGGACCGGAGUCGGCGGCCCGGGCCCAAGGGCAAAGGUGGGCAAGAGGCCAGAUCCGCUCCCCGGACCCUCGGACGCGGCCCCAGCCCGAGCGGCUGCGCUUUCUGGCGAGGUGGGGAGGCGCUGCCAGCCCCAGCCGGGGAAGAUGUUCAACGUGGAGUCGGCGGAGCGGGUGGAGCUGUGCGAGAGCCUUCUCACUUGGAUCCAGACGUUUAAUGUGGAUGCACCAUGCCAGACUGUGGAAGAUUUAACGAGUGGGGUUGUGAUGGCCCAGGUUCUUCAAAAAAUAGAUCCUGUAUAUUUUGAUGAAAAUUGGCUAAACAGAAUCAAAUCUGAAGUGGGAGAUAAUUGGAGGCUAAAGAUAAGCAAUCUAAAGAAAAUUUUAAAAGGAAUCCUGGAUUAUAAUCAUGAGAUUUUAGGGCAGCAAAUUAAUGACUUUACCCUUCCUGAUGUGAACCUUAUUGGGGAGCAUUCUGAUGCUGCGGAGCUCGGAAGGAUGCUUCAACUCAUUUUAGGCUGUGCUGUGAAUUGUGAACAGAAGCAAGAGUACAUCCAGGCCAUUAUGAUGAUGGAAGAAUCUGUUCAACAUGUUGUCAUGACAGCCAUUCAAGAGCUGAUGAGUAAAGAAUCUCCCGUCUCUGCUGGAAAUGAUGCCUAUGUUGACCUUGAUCGCCAGUUGAAGAAAACUACAGAGGAACUAAAUGAAGCUUUGUCAGCCAAGGAAGAAAUUGCUCAAAGAUGCCAUGAGUUGGAUAUGCAGGUUGCAGCAUUGCAAGAGGAGAAAAGCAGCCUGUUGGCAGAGAACCAGGUGUUAAUGGAAAGACUUAAUCAGUCUGAUUCCAUAGAAGAUCCUAACAGUCCAGCAGGAAGGAGGCACCUGCAGCUCCAAACUCAAUUAGAACAACUCCAAGAAGAAACAUUCAGACUAGAAGCAGCCAAAGAUGAUUAUCGAAUACGCUGUGAAGAGUUAGAAAAGGAAAUCUCUGAACUUCGGCAACAGAAUGAUGAACUAACCUCUUUGGCAGAUGAUGCUCAGUCUCUAAAAGAUGAAAUAGAUGUUCUUAGACAUUCUUCUGAUAAAGUGUCUAAACUAGAGGGCCAAGUGGAAUCCUAUAAAAAGAAGCUAGAAGACCUGGGUGAUUUGAGACGGCAGGUUAAACUCUUAGAAGAGAAGAAUACUAUGUAUAUGCAGAACACUGUCAGUCUAGAGGAAGAGUUAAGAAAAGCCAAUGCAGCUCGAAGUCAACUUGAGACCUAUAAGAGACAGGUAGUAGAACUGCAGAAUAGAUUAUCUGAAGAAUCGAAGAAAGCAGAUAAAUUAGAUUUUGAAUAUAAGCGGCUAAAAGAAAAAGUUGAUAGUCUUCAAAAAGAAAAGGAUAGGUUAAGAACAGAAAGGGAUUCUCUGAAGGAAACCAUUGAAGAGCUUCGUUGUGUACAGGCUCAAGAAGGGCAGCUCACAACUCAAGGAUUAAUGCCUCUGGGAAGUCAGGAGUCUUCAGAUAGUCUGGCAGCAGAGAUUGUUACACCUGAAAUCAGGGAGAAACUUAUUCGUCUUCAGCAUGAAAAUAAGAUAUUAAAACUUAACCAAGAGGGUUCAGACAAUGAAAAAAUUGCCUUAUUGCAGAGCCUUCUGGAUGAUGCAAAUCUUCGCAAGAAUGAACUGGAGACAGAGAACAGGUUGGUGAAUCAAAGACUUCUGGAAGUACAGUCACAGGUUGAAGAAUUGCAAAAGUCUUUACAGGAUCAAGGAUCAAAAGCAGAAGAUUCAGUUCUUCUAAAAAAGAAACUUGAAGAACAUCUAGAGAAACUACAUGAAGCCAAUAAUGAAUUGCAGAAGAAGAGAGCCAUUAUUGAAGAUCUCGAACCAAGAUUUAACAACAGCUCCUUAAAAAUUGAAGAGUUACAAGAAGCUUUACGGAAGAAAGAAGAGGAAAUGAAGCAAAUGGAAGAACGAUAUAAGAAAUAUUUAGAGAAAGCUAAAAGUGUUAUCCGUACUUUAGAUCCUAAACAAAAUCAAGGAGCAGCACCAGAAAUACAAGCUCUUAAAAAUCAGCUUCAGGAACGGGACCGAAUGUUCCAUUCAUUAGAGAAAGAAUAUGAGAAAACCAAGAGUCAAAGAGAGAUGGAAGAAAAAUAUAUUGUUAGUGCCUGGUACAAUAUGGGAAUGACUCUGCAUAAAAAGGCGGCUGAAGAUAGACUUGCUAGUACAGGUUCAGGGCAGUCAUUUCUGGCUAGGCAAAGACAAGCAACCAGCACGAGAAGAUCUUACCCAGGCCAUGUUCAACCAGCCACAGCAAGGUAGACAAGUCUUGCCAGUAGAAUAAAAAACACCCUGCAUUCAAAACAUACUUCUGUUAUACAUAACAUCAUUUCAGGAAAUUCAGCCAAGUUAUUUUUUGUCUCUAUGUUAUGUUAAUAUUUAGUUGUUUCUCAUUUGAGGACUGUCUCUCCUUACCUAUGAUGUUUUAGUUUCUUGGUCCUUUAUUUUGUAGUCCUUUCAGUUCCUUUUCAUGUGCCAAAAAAUUUUUAAAUGCCCAAUUAAAAGUGUUGGAUAAUAGUAUAGUACUUUUCUUUGUAUGAAAAUGUCCUUGCCCCAAUGGUGUAAGCUUUGUAAUGAAUUAGAUUUUCUGCCAAUAAUUGAUAUACAAUUUAUAUUCUUUAUUGUGCCUCUGUGUUACCAUGCUUUAUAAGAAUGUCUUUGUUUAAAGGGAAUUAAUCUUUUUAUGAUGUAUUAAUCUGUGUUUUCAAUUGUUUCCCAAAUGCACUUCAAAUAACUUGCAUAUUUACUAUAUAAAAUGAAUGGUUGGCAAAUGCACUUUUUGCAAAGACAUAAAUAUAUUGGCAGAGGUGCUAAUCAGAUCUUGCCUAUGGCACCUGAUAGAGUUAUUUAGAGGGAAAAAUUAGUUUUCACAUUGUUUUAUAGGAAAUUAAAUUUGUUUUAAGAUUUGGAAACUAUUUUUAAAACAUAAAUACAUAGAAUUUUAUUAUUUCCUGCUAUCUUGUUGCUGGCAGAAGUGAAUGCAUUGGUUAGGUUAUUAGGGGGGAAGUUACAGAAGAGAAAAAAAUCAGGCAGUGCAUUACUUGUUUCUUAUUUUGGAAUAUCACAGUAACUGAGGAUCAGAAUCUGGUAGCGUGGCUGAUAUUAAUAGUUCCAAUUGCCCUCCACAUCUUAGACCUAUUUUUCAUAUAUUUACAAGUAUUAGGUAGCAUUACCCUUUGGGCAACUUCCUUGUUGACUUGCAUCUCUUUUGUUUUACUUAUUUGUUAAUAUAAACAUUUCUAUUCCUCAAUAAUUCCUAAUACUUAACAUCUUAAUAUCAGUCAUUAUGAUCAGCAAAUGACUUCUUAUAUGUGCUGUUGUGACAGGUCUCUUUUACAUUUUUCUCUUAAUUCUAUGUAUUAGUCCAAGAAUUUGCUACUGAACAGAUUCUCUUGGGUAUUUGGUUGCAUCAGAGUGUUUAGAUUCAUUGAUAGCUUGAUUGUAAACCAUGUUUAUUUACAUUGAUGAAUGGUUGUCAAGUAAUAAUGAUUGUAAAGCACUUUGAGUAUAUAAGGUGCUACAUAAAUGUAAAAUGUCAUUUAUUUGAAAAUGAAAUGCCUCUGUCUGACUUUACAUAUUAAUUCAAGUAUUUGGUCCCCAAUUAUAUUUAAGUUCCCCUCCAGCCUUUUUCUUGCACCAUAACCCAUUUUAUUAAAAGCAAACAAAAAUUACUGAAAUUAGGUCAAUUUCUUAAUUUGUUUGUUUUUGUUUUUAGAUAGGUCACCAAGUAAGAGGAUUUUAUUUCAUGUACGUGCUGUUUGGAAGUUCAGGUUUCAUUUAUUUCUGUAUAUUAAUACAAAUUAGUAAUUUUAAAUCAAGACAAAUGUAAUUAGAAUUUUCAUAAUUGUAGACAAAUGUAUGGUUUUAAAUUCUUCCAUUUUUAUAAGAAAAUUGACCUAAAAAUUAGUAGUGUUUUCAUUUGUUUUCAGAAAUCGUACUUGAAGAAAGUAUUAGAAUAUACAAAGAAAGACUUUAUGCAUUGUGCUAAUUCUUACAUUAAGUACAGAAAUCUAAGCACAGUGUGAAUGCUUCUGCCUAAUAUGACCAUAAAGCAGCAAGAAUUAGUGAUAAUGGACAGAACCACGUGAGUAGAGUGCAUUGUGGGGUUUCAGGAGGCUAAAGAACUAAUCAACAUAAAAAGUUUUGACAAUAAAAGAUCAAAAACUAUUUAGGAUGGUUCUUAUCCCCAACCCCUGAUUUUACAAAUCACAUAAGGAUUCAACUGUUUUAGAACAGAGUGUGAAACUAAUCUUGGUUAAAUUAAAAUAAUUGGGAAAUUAUAGAAUAAGAUAGAUGGACAUAAAAGAAUCUGUGAACUAUUUAUUUAAAGGAUUAUAUCCUAUAAGAUAAGAAGUUUUUAUUUUACUUCUCUAUUUGCUGCCCCAGUCCUGGUCUCUGACCCACCCACCUACUCAGAUAUAGUUCUCUAAAUGGGUUGGAAAGGUGCCAAGCUUUUAGAAGGAAGUUUUACUUCUUAUUUUUCUUCAGCAUCUAUUGUAUGCUAUUAUUUUGGUGUUUUACAGUGAUAACUUUCACUUUCCUUUACUGUACCCUUAAAGUUUAGUAUAUUUCUUUCAAGUAUAUAGAAGAAAUUAUAUUUCUAAACAUUGUAUGAUUAAAAAAAAAAAAAAGCAGGAAUAACACUUAGCUGUAACAGUGACAACCCUGUCCAGCUUUGGACAGGAUUUAUGAAAUUGCUCUCUCUCCUGCAAUGCUUAAUAAUUUCUCAGGAGGUUUGUGAUGAUGCAUGGUCUGUCUGGAAGGUAGAAGACAUUGGGUGCUUUAUUUAGAUGUGAGAGCCGUGCUAUGUUUUCACAAACUCCUUAGACGCAGUAGCCACAGUUCACUUGGACAGUGGGGCUAGUCCUGUCCUCACCAAUGAACUAAGUACAGUGUUAUUGCAUUAGGUUGAGGUGACCCAUCAGCCUACUCUAGUGUCCGAAUUCUUACAAUAAAAAAGCUUAUUUGCUGUUUUCCGUCCAACCAGGGUAGGAAAAUAUAAGGUAAAUAACUAAGGAAUAUUAAAGCAUAAAAUUUAUGUUCUGCAGUGUCUAUUUAAAAAGUUCAUGAUAGGGAAAGAAUCCAGCAAAUAUUGUAGUUUACCACAUCUAAAAAGAGAAUAAACAAUACAGUUGUACUUAAAAGAGCUUCCAAAAUUCCAGUUAUAUCUUUUUAUAAUUUGUCUGAUUACUUGUUAAUAGCCAAGAAAAAGAAGUCCCUAAAUAAAGGACCCAUGUUCCAAAAUUGACCAAGAUUGAAUUAUUUCUAUUAGAUAGCACUAGCCUGGUUCAAAAAAACAACACAAAAAACAUUGGCUUAAUGGGAUACUUAGAUUAUAAUAAGGAAAUAUUGUUUGUAAUUUUGUUGAAGGUUCAUUGCUUUGUUUAUAUAAUAAAAGCUCAAAUGUACAAAAUUAAGCUAAAUGUUAUCCAGCAGAGACUUCAGCCUAUAUAUUUCAUUAGUUUUCACAAAGGCAUGAAAAUUCAUGCUGUCCAAAUAGAUCAGCAAUAAGUUGUAAGUGAAAGAUGAGUUUAGUUGAAGAAAAGACAUUUUAUUUAUGUGCUGCUUUACUCACAUCUCCUUUUCAAUUACAGUUUUGUCCAUUCUUGUUAACUAAUGGGAUAAAAUAUUUUUGAGUGUCUCUUGCUCUUAGAUAAGCAUUUAUUCCUUUAAAAAUAAUAACCAUGUUAAAAACUUGAAAAUAUCCCGAUAUAAGAAUUAUCUUGAAACACAAAUCUAAAAUUUUAAAUUAUCUUAACUCUCUGCACUUAAUCUCCAAUUGUCCAGAUCUCAGACUCCAGGAAUGUUACAGUUAUCCUCAGUUGGAGCAUGUGAGAUUUAUCUGAAAAAGCACCCACAACUCACAGCUAGUAAGUACAAACCUAGCUAGUUCACAGACACGUGGAACAGGCAUCUCUGGUCCUACAGUGAGAGGAAAGUACUCAGCAUCUUGCUUUUGCUAAGGACAAAACUAACAACAUUAAGGCAAAAUGCUUUUUGUUGUCUGUUCAUUAAACUAUGGAAGGAUAUUUUUACUUUUUAGCUUUGUAUUAUGAAGGGGCCCUUUUCUUAGAAAUGGCUGUAGAACGGAUGUAGCAUUGUACUUCUUAACGGCAAAGCCUGUGUGAUAUCCCAAAGUAGGAUGAAGGAAUGUACUCAACAAAAUUAAAAUGGGAUAUCAGAAACUUUGAAAAUUCUUUUAGCAUGUUUUUUUUAUUUUGCCCUUUUUUUUAUAUAUAAGUUAAAAGGGUUUUCCAUUCAAUAAUGAUCAUCUCUUUUCCUAUAGCUCCCACUGUUAACUUUGGCAGCUUCUUUGGGUAGUUGUACAACCCAGUUUCAUUACAUUUAGAAAGCAGUUUCAGAGCUCAUUCUUUGUAACUAUAAUGAUUUUAUAUCAUGUAGUUUUUAUAUGAGGAAGGUUAUUCUCAAUGUAUCUGUCAUCCAAUUUUUUACUUUCUAUAAAGCAUAUUUAAAUAAGAAUUGGUGUAUGUUCCUUUUAUUGAAAAAUUUGCAAAGGUUUUAUUGUCUAAUUUCAGCACAAUAAUUUUAGGGCCUAAAGUUUUGCAGUAAAUAUCAUUCAUUUCUCAGAAGCCUAAAACACAUGAAAUAAUUUGUUCCAACAGCUAAUUUCUAUCCCUCCCAAUUCCCUCAAAUCACGGAAGCAUUAAUAUUUAGCUUCCUUUUUGAAAAUGAAGGACAGUGCAGAUGUAAUGACAUCCAUCUCUUUUAAAUAACUGAUUAUGUUUUUGGGAAGUAUGUACUGAUUUUUUAA